AUGGGGGCAGUACUAGAGGGAAGUCCGGCGAACCUGGCGAAAACAAUCCUGCUGCUCAUUGGCUGUUUGUGCGCUGUUGCGGGGCUCUCGCAGCUGCGGCCCGAGGGGCGGGACUUGACGGGUUCAUUCCUCCUGCGAGUGACCGGCUCGGCGUCUUUCUUGGGGUGCCGAAACCAGACGGUGUUCGUGACGUUCAGCAACGAGUCGGCGAGCGCGGCUCCAGUUGGGGGGGAUGCAGAAUCGGUUGCGACGCGGGCACAGCUGAGAGAGGGUGUGGCGCCCCUUUCUAUUGUGGAGGGUGAGCUGGAGGAGUGUGAGGUGCCCUGCGAUAUCCUGCAGCUGGGGAACCUGACGUCGCUGUCAGAGGUUGAGAAGGUUAAUUGCAAUAUCCAGUAUUUCAACAUGACGCAAAUGCUGACGUUGCUGGCGGCGCAUAAGGGCCAGGCCUGGGUUCAGUACAGCGGAGACUCUCUCAUCCGCAAUCAGUUUAUGACGAUCGCCGAGGAGAUCCUAGGCUUGGAAGCCAAUACGAUCCCCCACACACACGGGAUCUGUUGCACUCUGGAUGGGCUUGCUAGGAACAGCAGUGACCGCUGCACGACUUGGAUUGGCACUGACAUCAACCCCCAGGAUCCGUCGACGUAUACCUGGGAGCGGGCGCGCAGGGCGCUCCGCGAUAAGACGGCGGAUUUCUGCUUCACUUUGUUGGAUAAUAUAAUAGUGACUGACGCAAUCGGCGCCGUGCCAUUGCUGUUUAAACCAGGGGAGAUACACCCGUUGGUUGUGGUUUACGACAUGGGUUUGCAUUCGAUGUUCCACGGGUUUAGCCAGCUGGGUUAUCGGCACCACCUGGAGACUCUUACGGAGAAGCUGAGGGCUGUUAGGCAGCAGCAGCUUGAAGCGGGUAAGGCUCGGAAGUGGGCAAACGAAACUGGGGUGCAGACAGUGUCGAGCGAGGGGAUGAUGUUUACGCGCUUUAUCUAUCAUAUGCCAACGGCAUAUACCGAAGACAUUUUUAAGUUCGUUGAUCCUCUGAGGCGCAACGAGCGGACGGAGCUCUUUGUGAAGAUCCUGGAGCAACAUGUGGCGAAGAACGAGGAUCUGUAUAGCGUCGUCGAUACGAACCGAGACGAUCUAGAGUACGUAGAAGGCAAGGAGAUGUACGCGGGAGAAGCCAAAAUGCGGAAAGUUCAUGGCUGGGGCGCUUGA